UAGAGUGAGCGGAUAAACAGCAUGACUCUCUUAUUUAUUAUCUUCUUGACGAUGUUAUCCCUAAUGUCAGCUGCUAUGUCUUUCAAAAGUCAACCACAGCAUUAUGAAAACCUCGACGACGAUGACGUCAUAUUCUAUUCUGUGUUAUAUUCAGUUGUAACUGUGAUUUUCGCGAUGGCAGUGCUGUCUAAAUUUUUGACAAAUGAGUUUAGGAUGGGAUUCAGAUCAGUGUUGAGUCUUCUUGUAUUAUUCCUAGGAGAACCUUUGUGUCAGUUUUUGAUUAAGGGACCGGGAGGAGUGAUAACUUUUGCUGGUUGCUGUUUGUUGAUUUAUUCAGUUCUGCCAGCGAGCCACCUCCCAGUGGGAAACAAGGCAGUGCUAGUGACAGGUUGUGACUCUGGAUUUGGUCAUGCUGUGGUUAGGAAACUGGACAGUAUUGGGAUGAGGGUUUAUGCUGCUUGUUUGGAUGCCAACGGUCCUGGUGCUAUUUCACUCAGAAACAACUGUUCAGAUAGUGUUCAAAUUCUCCAGCUUGAUGUCACGAACAAAAAAGAGAUGGAAAGUGUUGUUAGCUUUAUAAAUGACACAGUGGGCUCAGAAGGACUCUGGGGUGUGGUCAACAAUGCUGGUGUGUGGUAUUUUUCUGAGUUAGAAAUGACAUCAGACACCUUGCUCAGGAAAGUCUUGGAGACAAAUGUCCUUGGAGCCAUUGCACUGACAAGGUCACUUCUUCCUCAAAUAAGACAGGCUAAGGGGAGAAUAGUUCAUGUAUCAAGUUUAUUAGGAAGAAUAACCAUGGAGGGUAAUGGAGCUUAUGCCAUUUCUAAACAUGCUUUAGUGGCAUUCUCUGACACAUUAAGACAGGAAAUGAAGAAGUGGGGAGUCAAAGUGUCCAUCAUUGAGCCAACAGGAUUCAUGACAGAUUCCAUGAAAGAGCACAACAUUAUUCGUAAAAAGGAGGAAAUAUGGAAAACCUUGGAAAAUGAUGAAAUUCGAAACACCUAUGGUAGACAGUACUUAGAUAGUAUUUAUAACAGUAUCAUACUUAGUUCCCAUCGUUUCCCAACUGAUCUGACCCCUGUAACUAGAGCCGUUAGGAGUGCACUGUUAUCUAAGCGGCCCAGGGCGAGGUAUCCCUGUGGGACUGGGGGCGAGUUCCUGAUGACUCUGUAUCCUUUGUUACCUGUGUGGAUGGCUGAUUCCAUGUGCUCGUCCCUUGGUGUGAUGCCUAGGACGAUUCGCCCAGUGGCCCUGGAACAAUAGCCAUCCCAGCUUUUAUCUGAGUCAACACUGCCAUUCAUGCCAAUCUGUCACUAACUCUUAUUUUAUUGGCCAUUUUCAACCAACUGGUGUCAGAAGUAGCUUUCAUCAACAUUGAAAUAUUUACCUAUUAAGGAAUCAUACUUUUCCUUGUAUGAAAGGUUACUGUGCAAUCUUGAAAGGAAGAUUACUCUAUUUUUGCCUUGAUUAGUAGUUACAUAAUCAUAUGUAGCAUUUUUCUAAUAAUGUAUUAUUUUGUGACUAAAAUGUGAAAAAGCAUUAAUUUUUCACUGACCAGGAAUAUUCUGUUGUUAAUUUUGCUGGAUGACGGCACUGUUGAGGAUAAUUGAAUUUUCAUUACAUAUAUAGUGGAACAUCUGAUCAAUCAAAAUGGAUACAAAAUUUUCCUGUACAGUUGUCAAAAAUUUAGUCUUAAGAAUUACUUCUUUGUUGAACUACACUUUUAUGUAAACAAAGUAUUAUAUAAUUUUUCAUGUGUUACAUCUUCUUGUAUGUAUAGAACUGCACUUUAAUAGAAGAUAAUGCCAUUAAAUAUACAUAUAGUCCCAGGUGUAGAUUUUUUGUUGUUGUAAAUUAAUUCACUUUGUGUAGUGGGAUAAUUUUUUUUUAUUUCAUCUAUUCAGUAAGUACUUUUUUCCCAAACUGCGAUUUUUUUUUAAAACAAAAAAAGUAUGCCAACAUUUAAUGGUUAAGACUGGUAAAAAUGAUGGGUUACAAGCAUGCAUGUGUAAAUACAAGAAUUUUUUUUAAAGAUGUGCUGCUUAAAAUUCUCAGAAUUUAUUUAUGCAAAAAAAUAGUAUUAUUUGUGUCUGUCGUGUAUAAUUUUUCAGAAAAUUUCAUUUUUGUAAAAAAUUAGAUAAUAUUGACAUGACUGAGUUGCAACAUUAAGAUGCUUUGGAUUUUAUGUGCAUAAUCACCCAUGUAGAAGACUUAGAUAUUGUUUUUCCUCUACUUUUCAAUUGUUAAUAUUGAUUAUAUCUGUCGAAAUUUACUUGCAUAUACUGUAGAUCACUAAAUUUUCGCGACACCUUAUUUUCGCGAGAAAGCCAUUGACUCUUGAUAAGCGAGACAAAAAUUUUCACAAAUUGUGGUUAUUGCUUUAUAUAAUCUUAAGGAAUACAAUUAUAUGCGAGAACUUAUUUUUCGCGAGCACACUGUCUCGCGUAAUUACGCGAAAAUAAAGUUCUCGCGAAUAAAAAGUGAUUUAAUAAGUAAUAAUCUGAAUAAACAUGUAAACUAAGAGAACACUACAAAGAGUUCACUGUUAGUAAUAAAGCAACCCAUUUUUAUGUUUUUCUUUGCAUUGCAUAUUGAAAUGGUCUGUAAAUUCUUGAACAAGUACCAAAAUUUAGCUAUCUUUCAUAUCUUUAAUUACCUUUAUUAUAGACUUAUUCAAUUGAAAGAACUUUCUUGUAUCUGAAUCUUUUAUUCGCUUUUCACUACAUGCUUAAUGUUUAUGUUAUUAUGAACAACUAUUUUGAUCAAAUAUUCUUUUGAACAAAAACUUCUUUUUCUUGUUCUUUUUAAUUGUUAUGAUAACGUGUGAAAUUUGUUGUGCUUAUAUAUCUUUAUAACUCUUUACAUAGUUUCAAAUACAGAUUCCUUAUCUGCAUGGUCCUGAAAGUUAUAUUCAGAACCAAGCUUUGCAACUUUCCAUCAUAUGGUAUUUUUCAAGCAUUAAUUGAUACAGCACAUUCUAUUCUGUUGUUUAUAUACAUCAUUAUUCUUUCCAAUUUAAAAUGUAGUAAAUACUGAUAAUUUUAUAGCAGCAGUUGUUUGAAAUAUUUUUUGUAUGUUAAUUAUUAUUAAAUUUUAUUUCUGAACCACGAGCACUUGUUUCGGUAAUAAAUUUUUAAUCCAUAGUAUAAUAAUAACACAAUAACAUAAUAUAAUGAUAAUUUAAUAUAUAAACCAACACAAAUGACAUUUACAGAUUUAUUCAAAUUGCCUUUUGGUAAAUACUCAGUUAUUUUCAAAUGAUAACUUGUGUUAUUAUUAUACUAUGGGUUAAAAUUUUAUUUCCGAAACAAGUGCCUGUGUUCUGAACAUUUUAUUUUUUAUGACUAUGAACAAGGUACCAGACAUUGACAGUGUAUAAUCAUGAUAAAUACUACUGUGUCAAUGCAAGUCUUAGCUAUAGCUGUCUAACAUUUUUGAAUUGGCAUUGUUUUGUUUAAGAAAUAUUUAGUGCAAUGUUACAUUACUUAAUUAACUAAUACAUUGAAUUAUCUUUUAAUAUCAAUGCAAGUUAAUUUUUUUUAAGUUACAUGUACCAUAUAGAAUUGUGUAUGUCUAAGUGCUCUUUGUUGUUGAAUUUUUCAUGGCUAUGGUUCCUUUCAUGAAACAACUACUUUCUAUUAAAGGAAUGAAAAUAA